AUGUGCGUCCCGCUCUUCGCUCACCGCUCUCUGCUCGACAAUGAACGUGAACUCGAAAAUGGCCCGUACCAAGCAAACCGCUCGAAAUCGACUGGUGGCAAGGCGCCACGCAAACAACUGGCUACUAAGGCCGCUCGCAAGAGCGCACCAGCCACCGGAGGCGUGAAGAAGCCCCAUCGGUAUCGCCCUGGAACUGUUGCCCUGCGUGAGAUCCGUCGAUACCAGAAGAGUACCGAGCUCCUGAUCCGCAAGCUGCCUUUCCAGCGUCUGGUGCGUGAAAUCGCUCAGGACUUCAAGACUGACCUGCGAUUCCAGAGCUCGGCAGUGAUGGCUCUGCAGGAAGCUAGCGAGGCCUAUCUGGUUGGCCUCUUUGAAGAUACCAACUUGUGCGCCAUUCAUGCCAAGCGUGUCACCAUCAUGCCCAAAGACAUCCAGUUGGCCCGUCGCAUUCGCGGCGAGCGUGCUUAAGUGUGCGUGCUGCCAAUGCGCUAACAUACUUUGUACAAAUCGGUCCUUUUCAGGACCACAAAUUACAGUCAAUGAGAUACAAAUUUUUAUCUGCAGGCUUCAACGUUAAAAUAAAAAAAAAACUUUUCGACUCGUUCCUUCGUAAGUGGAGUUAAUAAUUGUAUGUAACUUUUUGUGAUUUGAUAGAAAUUAGAAUUGAUAAAAUCAAUAAAUAUUGGAUUGGGUGGGGUUUUUAAUGCGAUGGAGCUGCUAUGCGGCAGGGAUGGUCAAGACUUUCAAGCAUCAGAAAAAAACUAAAAAAUAUUACAUGCGAGAUGAACAAAAAUUAGCUAGGCUUGUGAAUCUAUUUGCUUAAUAAAACAUAAACAGAUUUAAAAAUA